UCUUGUGGUGACUACAUUUUUAGCCUAGCAAAUGGAACCAUCAGUAGAUAAGUCCAAUUAUUACACUGACACUGAUGAGAUGAUCAAUUGGUUCGAGAAAUCCGCUGAAAAUGCUGCCGCUGUACAGCGGCAGACGCUUCGGCGGAUUCUUGAACUCAACCAUGGUGUUGAGUACCUAAAAAAAUGGCUUGGAGAUAUUAGACUUCAAGAUGAAAAUGCUAUGGAAUCACUUUAUGCUACUAUGGUUCCUCUUGCUUCUCAUGCAGAUUUUGAGCCUUAUAUACAUAGAAUUGCUGAUGGUGAAAAAGCUCCUUUACUCACUCAAGACCCUAUGAAAACUUUAUCCUUAAGUUCUGGAACCACAGAGGGAAGACAGAAAUUUGUACCAUUUACUCACCAUAGUUCCCAAACAACUCUUCAAAUUUUCAAAUUGGCAGCAGCUUAUAGAUCAAGGAUUUAUUCAAUAAGAGAAGGUGGAAAAGUUCUUGAAUUUAUAUAUAGCAGCAAACAAUACAAAACAAAAGGGGGAUUAAUAGUAGGAACAGCCACAACACAUUAUUAUGCUAGUGAAGAAUUCAAGAUUAAACAACAACACACAAAGUCUUUUACUUGUAGCCCUGAGGAAGUUAUUUCAAGUGGAGAUUAUAAACAAUCAACAUAUUGUCAUCUCCUUCUUGGCUUAUAUUAUUGUGAUGAAAUUGAAUUUGUCACAUCAACUUUUGCAUAUAGUACAGUUCAAGCAUUCAGAUCAUUUGAAGAGUUGUGGAAGGAAUUGUGUCAUGAUAUAAGAGAAGGUACACUUAGUUCAAGAAUCAACAUAACCAAAGUUCAAAAAGUCGUCUUAGAUAUCAUUGUCCCUAAUCCAGAGUUGGCAUCAAGAAUUGAAUCAAUAUGUGAAGAAGUAGAAAGGGAAGAUUGGUUUAGUAUAAUCCCAAAAUUAUGGCCAAAUGUUAAAUAUGUUUACACAAUAAUGACUGGCUCAAUGCAACCAUACUUAAACAAAUUGAGACAUUAUGGUGGGGAUUUGCCUUUGGUUAGUGCUGAUUAUGGGUCCACAGAGAGUUGGAUUGGAGUGAAUGUGGAACCUUCAUCUCCACCAGAGAAAGUAACUUUUGCAAUUAUACCCACUUUUUCUUACUUUGAAUUCAUACCACUACAUAGAAGUAAGUCACAAAGUUUCAAUAAUAGCCACAAAGAUGCUAAUCUUCUAGCCAAUGAUGAUUUUAUUGAAGAUGAGCCUGUUCCCUUAUCUCAAGUCAAGAUAGGACAAGACUAUGAAAUUGUCCUCACUACUUUCACAGGUCUUUAUCGAUAUAGACUAGGGGAUGUAGUAGAAGUUGCCGGUUUUCACAAGAAGACCCCCAAACUCAACUUUAUAUGCAGGAGAAAGUUGAUAUUAACAGUAAAUAUCGAUAAGAAUACUGAACAAGACCUCCAGUUAGUGGUGGAGAGAGGUUCUCGAAUACUAAUAAGCAAGUCAAGAGCUGAGCUAGUAGACUUCACAAGCCAUGCAAAUGUAUCAAAAAAACCAGGCCAUUAUGUGAUCUAUUGGGAAAUCAAAGGAGAUGUUGAUGAAAAUGUUCUUGGAGAGUGUUGUAGGGAAAUGGAUGCUUCUUUUGUUGAUCAUGGAUAUGUUGUAUCAAGAAAGACCAAUUCAAUUGGACCAUUGGAACUUUGCAUUGUUGAAAGAGGUACUUUCAAGAAGAUUUUGGAACAUUUUAUUGGAAAUGGAGCAGCAUUGAGCCAAUUUAAGACUCCUAGAUGCACUAGUAACCAAGUCCUAUUAAGAAUCCUUAAUGUAUGUACCAUUAAAAGGUUUUAUAGCACAGCCUAUGGGUGAUAGAAUGUUU